GAGUUGAGAUCGCGGCUAACAAUCAUACCUCAGGAUCCGGUGCUCUUCUCGGGAACCAUUCGCGAGAAUUUGGAUCCGUUUGUGAAGUCUUCGGACGAAGAGUUGUGGACGGCUUUAGAGGACUCACAUCUCAAAGACUUUGUUAAGUCAUGCGAUGCGGGCCUCGACUAUAAGGUGUCGGAAGGCGGCGAGAAUUUGAGUGUGGGUCAAAGACAACUGAUAUGUCUGUCGAGAGCACUGUUGCGGAGGACAUGUGUCCUCAUUCUGGAUGAGGCGACGGCUGCCGUCGACUUAGAGACCGACGCUUUAAUACAGACAACCAUACGAUCGAAGUUCAGUCGCUGCACAGUAUUAACGAUCGCCCAUCGGAUCCACACAAUCAUGGACUCCGACCGCGUACUCGUCCUCAACGACGGACGCGUAGCAGAGUUUGACGCACCGGAAGUGUUGCUCAGGGAUACCAACUCUAUUUUCCACUCACUCGCCAGGGAUGCCGGACUUGUAUAGUGACAGAGGGUAUAGAUUUGUAAGUUAGAAGUGAGUG